AUGGCUACCCAUGGUGCAGCAGUGUCAAAUGUGAUGUUUGAGCACCUGGAGAAAAUUCAAGAGCAUGCAAAAUUUGAUAAAAUCUUGUUAGGACUGAGGAAAAGGAAAAUAAUUGGGAACACUGACUACAAUGAAUUGAUCAGGAAGGAACCAAGGCAGCAAGGGAUUUCCCUCGUGGAAACCAUAAGCAGGGGUGGAGAUAAUGCCUUUCUAGCGUUGUUGGAAUCCUUCUGCGAGAGCGGCGACAGUAACUUCGCCAAAACAUUGCUGGCGUCAUUGGAGAAGGAAGACAAGGAGUAUGCAACGAGUCUUCGCUCUGCCCUGGAUGAACGCCAAGAAUCAGCUUCCUCAUGUCCUGAGGAUUCUUCACGUAUCAUCUCCAAUCCAGAAAUAGAUGUUUCACCAAAUACUUCCGCUCCUCAAUUUCAGAUGCAGGCUAGCAGGAAGCGCAAGGCGUCGAGGAUACCAGGAGUUCAAGGAUCAGCAAGCAAGAAGGGCAAGGUGUCGUGGGAAUACGAAGUGAGCAAAGGAACGGCGCUGAUUUUCAGCAUCAAUAAGUUCCUAAAUGGGAAGAAACGGAAACUUAAGGAUCUACCUGGCUACAAAUAUGAUACGGAACGUCUGGAAAAAUUGUUGCCGAAACUAGGCAUCGACCUCUAUGGUGGCAAGAUACACGAGAACAAGAAAACCAAAGAGAUCGAAUCCAUCGUAAAGGAAGUUCAAAAUCACGUCUUCGAGGACCAGAGUUGUUUGGUGGUCAUCUUCAUGAGUCACGGAUUUGAAAAUGGGACCCUGUUCACUUACGAUGGUAUAAUCAAUCUUCAAGACCUAUGGCGGCCUUUCAUUCCUACGGAUUGCUCAUCACUCAAGAACAAACCUAAGCUGUUCUUCAUCCAGGCAUGCCGGGGUUCAAAGGACGACAUUCCUUGUAGCGUCGCUGAGAGAACUGACCUCGACUUGGAGGAUGCGAUUCCUCAUCAAGCGGAUCUCCUUAUAUCUCAAUCUACCGUUGAAGAGCACAAGUCCUGGCUGAAUCGUCACGAGGGUUCAUGGUAUAUCCAGACCUUGUGCGACGUUCUUGAGGAGCGUAAGGAUCAGGACUUGCUGCAUGUGCUGACGAUUGUGGGAGACCGGGUGGCUGCAAAUUUCGAGGCAAACAACGACAAAGGUCAAACAGUGAAACAAAUGCCAUCUUUUACUUCCACCCUCAGGAAGCUAUUCUACUUUCCCACUUCUUAGAAUCCCUUCCAGGACGCCUACAUUAUGCAAUGUACCAAAUCUUCCCGAUUCCGUACAAAUGACAUAACCCUUGUUUUCUAAAUAAUGUGACGGAUGAGGAUGGCAUCGAGAGGCACGACCGAAUGUCCCGGGAUCGGCGGUGUAGUGGUAGCACACCUGAUCGGCAAUCAGGAGGCCCGGGUUCAAGUCCUGGCCUUCCCUGGCUUUCUUUCGUCCUCUCAUGCCGUCCGUCUCCGAUUCCCCCUUCGUAACAAUGAUGUAAUUCCUUGAGAACGCCGUGAGUGUUGUUUAUUCGAAGUUUUGCAUGGAUAUUCAUCACAUGUUCGUUGUUAUCACUGAAAUCGAUUGAUUAUUCUUGAUUUGAUCUCCGCGUUGUAUUAUUGGCCAGUUUCAUACUGAGUAUAAAUUUGUCUUUAAUUCUCACUGCAUUUUAUUGCAAUGAGAAUUAAAGACAAGUGCUUAAGGAUAGCAAUCAGUGAAAGAGAGACAGAGAGCUUGGUCUUGGUUGAUUUUGCUUAGAUUCAAUCCAUAGGGUGGGCC